AUGCCGUCAGAAGCUGGUCACAGGCUGUACGUGAAGGGGAAGCACCUCAGCUAUCAGCGCGGCAAGCGGACAACAAACCCCAACACUUCUCUCCUGAAGAUCGAGGGCGUCGACACAACCGAAGCCGCCAGGUUCUACGAGGGCAAGAAGGUUGCGUUCGUGUACAGGGCUUCAACGGAGCGCAGGGGCACCAAGAUCCGAGUGAUCUGGGGCAAAGUCACGAGGCCGCAUGGCAACAGCGGAGUCGUCCGCGCGCAGUUCCGAUCUAACCUACCACCCAAGACCUUCGGCGCUUCAGUCCGGAUCAUGCUCUACCCAUCGUCGAUAUGA